CGCGUGACAAAAUCAAUUUCUAGCCGUUAGAGUUGAGGAGCUCCCUCUUUUCCCCUUCCCCUCGAUUUGAAAAUUGAAAAGUCUGUGACGGACAGACAGACAGACAGACAGACACUCUCCAGGAGCCCAGAACCAGAAAUUGGGUUUUUACCUUGUCGUUUCAUCAUUUGGAUUUUUAUCCUCCUUUACAAAAUUCUUGGAAUUUCUGACCAUUUUACUUAUGCGGGUUUUGGGGUUUUGAAUUUGAUCAGAUUCAUAUAUAUAUAUAUAUAUAUUGAUUGCGAUACUUGCAUCUGCAUAAGGAGAGAGAGUAUAACGUCGGUCUUUGAGUGAGGGUUGUCUAUCAGCCAGACAAGCCAAAGCCAGGUGGUUGUGGGUGUUCUCACUACUCUGGAUUGGAUGUCACUUUACUAAAACGUGUGGAGUGGUAACUUCCCUCUAUACACCCUCCCUCCCUCCCUCCCCCACUAACCCAUCUUCUUCUUUACUAUUAUUAUUAUUAUUAUUAUUAUUCUCAUUCCUCUUCAGCUUUCCCUUUUUCCCCUUCCUAAUAUUGGGGAUUGGAUUGGAUCGGAUCGGAUCGGAUCGCCCUCUUUCUCCACUACCCCCAUCUCAGUUUUCGUGGGAAAAAUAAAAUCACUGGAAUAUCGCCGAUUCUCCGACCCACCUGCAACUUUUCCCUCUUUUUUCUCUUCAGUUAGCAUAAAGGAAACUUCUUUUUUCCCUCUUAAUCUUUCAUCUCUUAUUUAUCUUCCUAUUUACACUAUAAAGCCUUUUGCUUUUGUUCCCUUCCCUCCUCCCCUGCCUUUUCGAUAAACCCACAAUUUUCCCGUCAAAAGAAAAAGGAAAAGAAAACAUGGAAAGGAUGAUGUGGGUUUUGGUUGUGGUGGCUGUGUUGUGUGUUUGCAGUGGUGUGGAAGGUCUUGGUGUGAAUUGGGGAACGAUGGCAACCCACAAGUUGCCGCCGGAGACGGUGGUUCAGAUGCUAAAGGACAAUGGGAUUCAGAAAGUGAAGCUUUUCGAUGCAGAGGAGUCGACCAUGAGUGCCUUGGCUGGCAGUGGUCUUGAGGUCAUGGUUGCCAUUCCUAAUGAUCAGCUUGCUGUCAUGACCAGCUACAAACGUGCCAAAGAAUGGGUCCGCCGCAACGUCACCCGCUACAAUUUCAACGGAGGAGUUAACAUCAAAUAUGUAGCAGUUGGGAAUGAGCCUUUCCUCACAUCGUACAAUGGUUCAUUCCUGAAUGUUACGUUGCCAGCACUUCAGAACAUUCAAAAUGCCCUUAACGAAGCCGGAGUUGGAGAUUCGGUAAAGGCUACUGUGCCCUUAAAUGCUGAUGUCUACAACUCACCAGAAAACAACCCCGUGCCAUCUGCAGGAAGGUUCCGGACUGAUAUUCUUCAACUAAUGACCGAGAUUGUCCAGUUCCUAGACAAAAAUCAAGCGCCUUUCACAAUAAACAUCUACCCUUUCCUGAGUUUAUAUGGCAAUGACGACUUCCCAUUCAACUAUGCCUUCUUUGAUGGGGAUACCAAUCCCAUUGUUGAUACAGGCACUGGGAUUCAGUACACCAAUGUUUUCGAUGCUAAUUUUGAUACCUUGGUCUCUUCCCUGAAAGCAGUGGGAUUUGGGAAUAUGCCCAUUGUGGUUGGGGAGGUGGGAUGGCCAACGGACGGGGACAAGAAUGCCAAUGCAGGUAAUGCUUUGAGAUUUUAUAAUGGGCUUCUAACAAGACUUGGAACCAACAGAGGCACCCCACUGCGACCUGGAUAUAUUGAAGUUUACUUGUUUGGACUUAUUGAUGAGGAUGCAAAGAGCAUUGCUCCAGGAAGUUUUGAGCGUCACUGGGGAAUUUUCGGUUAUGAUGGACAGCCCAAGUUCCCGGUCGAUCUUUCUGGUCAGGGUCAGAACAAGUUACUAGUGCCUGCAAAGAAUGUGCAGUAUCUUUCAAAAAAAUGGUGCAUGUUUAACCCGAACGCCAAAGAUGUGAGCAAACUGGCAGAUAACAUAAACUAUGCUUGCACCUUUUCGGAUUGCACGGCAUUGGAAUAUGGUUCUUCUUGCAACAAUUUGGAUGCAAACGGGAAUGCUUCGUAUGCGUUUAAUAUGUACUACCAGGUUCAGAAUCAGGAUGAUCUGUCGUGUAACUUCCAAGGUUUGGCUACGUUGACGACACAGAACAUCUCACAAGGGAAUUGCAAUUUCAUAAUUCAGAUAGCAACUUCAUCUGCAUUUUCUCUAACACCGUCCUCCUCCUUAUUCGUAGCAUUGCUAGCUAUGUUACUGUCCGCUUUGCUGUUGCUGUAGGAUUUUGUAGAUGGCUCAGAUGUACUAUUUUGUUUUUCUUUUGCCUGGUGCAUUCUUCUGUGGCCUUGUGGGAUUAUUUUGGUUUCACGGAUCAAUUUAAAAAAAAUUGAUAUCUUAAAGCUUCAAAUUCCGCCUUGUAUUUCCAGACCCAUAAUAAUGCAUAUUGUUAUCGGAUUUUCUGUUA